UACAUUCACUUGAAGUGAAAGAACCUUCGGUGUGGAACGGAAUUUUUUCCUUCUCUGCAACGUCAUCAGCCUUAAUCUUUUAUCAAAAUGGAAGAAGCCUAUCACUGUCCCGACCAAAAAAAACUCCAGGCCUUGAGAGACAUGGCCAACCUGCUUCGAAUUCACAGCAUCGAAUCCACCAACACUGCUGGAUCGGGGCAUCCAACUUCUUGCUGUUCUAUCGCAGAAAUUAUGUCUGUUCUUUUCUUCCAUACAAUGCGCUAUAAAGUUGCUGAUCCUCGAGAUCCAGCAAGUGACAGAUUGAUCUUAUCUAAGGGUCAUGCAGCUCCCAUUCUCUAUGCAGUGUGGGCUGAAGCUGGUUUGUUUCCAGUAUCAGAUCUGGCCAAGCUUCGAACAAUUGACUCUGAUUUGGAAGGUCAUCCCACCCCUCGGCUUAAUUUUGUGGACUUUGCCACUGGUUCAUUGGGUCAAGGAUUGAGUUGUGCUGCUGGAAUGGCUUACAUGGGAAAGUACUUUGACAAAUCAAGUUUCCGCGUGUACUGUGUGAUUGGUGAUGCUGAGUCAGCAGAAGGUUCUGUCUGGGAAGCCUUGAACUUUGCAAGUUACUACAAACUUGGUAACUUAUGUGCAAUUUUUGAUAUCAACCGUCUUGGCCAGAGUGACCCCACAAUGCUCCAGCAUGACUUUGAAACUUACAAGAAAAGGACUGAAGCUUUUGGGUGGAACACCAUUGUAAUAGAUGGUCAUGAUGUAGAAGCUGUCUGCCGUGCAUUUCAUGAAGCAAGCGUCAGCCAAGACCGCCCCACUGCUAUUUUGGCAAAGACCUACAAGGGAAAAGGUGUCCCAGGGGUUGAGGAUUUGGAGAAUUUCCAUGGCAAAGCCCUUGGUGAUAAAGGUAAAGCAGCAGUAGAGCUACUCAAGAAAUCAAUGAGCAACAGUGGCCCUCAUGACCUUCGACCUCAGCCUGUGACUGAUACUGUACCAGCAGUUGAACUUGAUGCAAAACUAUCCGAGCCACCCAACUAUAAGAUAGGACAAAAGGUUGCUGUUCGUCGAGCCUACGCCAAUGCCCUGGUGAAAAUUGGCCGCACUUGUGAGCGCGUGCUAGCCUUGGAUGGAGACACUAAGAACUCCACUUACUCUCUGAACUACAGGAAGGAAUUCCCUGAUCGGCACGUGGAGUGCUUUGUGGCUGAGCAAAACAUGAUUGGCGUUGCCAUGGGAUUAGCUGCACGUGAUCGUGCAAUCACUUUCUCCAGCACUUUUGCCGCCUUUUUUACCCGCACGUUUGACCAUUUGCGCAUGGCAUCUGUUUCUCAGACCUCUGCCAACUUCUGUGGAUCUCACUGUGGUGUUUCUAUUGGUGUGGAUGGUCCCUCCCAGAUGGCCUUGGAGGAUAUUGGCAUGUUCCGUUCUAUACCCAACUGUGUGGUGUUCUACCCAAGUGAUGCUGUCUCGUGUGAACGCGCGGUUGAGCUGGCAGCUAAUUACAAGGAUAUGACCUUCAUCCGAGCCACACGAGGCGACACUCCUGUGAUUUACGAGAAUGAAGAACCAUUCGCGGUUGGCAAAGCUAAAAUCGUCCGCGAGGAUGCUCGUGACUCGGUACUUGUUAUUGGAGCUGGUGUAACCAUGAUCGAAGCAUUAAAAGCAGCCGAUGAACUGAAGAAAGAAGACAUUUAUAUCCGAGUGAUGGAUCCGUUCACUUUGAAACCUGUUGACAAAGCCGGUAUCAUUGUACACGCAAAGGCUGUUGGGGGAAAAAUAUUGACAGUGGAGGACCACUACAUUGAAGGUGGUAUUGGUGAGACUGUGGCUGCUGCUGUGGCGGAAGAGACUGGUAUUACUGUGCGCAUGUUGGCCGUGCCCCGCAUUCCACGCAGUGGGCCUGGGGACGCCUUGUUGGAUCUGUACGGUAUCAGCGCGAAGAGCAUCAUCAAGUCUGUCAAAAGCUUGUAAAUGGUUUGGAAACAUACGUGAUCAUGUUGACUUCGCGCUACAUCUAAAUUGAGCUGGCAUUUAGGGAAACCGAUAGGAAUACAUUUUUUAAGUUUUUUUUUUCUCCAAUCAAUCUCUGAACAAUUAUCCAAUAGCGAUUGUUUCGAUAGGGAUUUUUUUUAGUUUAAUUUCUGGUCGACCAAGUUCAUUUAGUUCCAUUACAAACCGAUGAAAUGGCUUGAAUAUAGGACCAUUUUCAAAUUGAGUUGUAAUCCAUCAAAUUGGGAAGGUAAACAUAUAUUUUUGUGGUAGCCUGGUUAGAAAAGUAAUAAAUUCAUUGAUCAGUA